CUCUCUGACAACUUCCUGUCUCUGUGUGCUUUCCCAUAAGCCUCCGCGGCUUCUCCUUCUCUUUCCUUUCCUCCCGAGAAGCCGCUGCUGCUACAGCCGCCAUCAUGGGAGUAGAUAUCCGCCACAACAAAGACCGCAAAGUGCGGCGAAAAGAACCAAAAAGUCAGGAUAUCUAUCUGAGACUUUUGGUUAAGCUUUAUCGCUUCUUGGCCCGCCGUACUAACUCCAGCUUCAACAGAGUGGUGCUAAAACGUUUAUUUAUGAGCCGCACCAACAGGCCACCCUUGUCUCUGUCCCGCAUGAUUCGCAAGAUGAACCUUCCUGGCCGUGAUGGCAAAACUGCUGUGGUGGUGGGAUGCAUUACCGAUGAUGUCAGGAUUCAAGAUAUCCCCAAACUUAAGGUGUGUGCACUUAAAGUGUCUAGUGGAGCACGAAGCCGAAUUCUUAAAUCUGGAGGCCAAAUCUUGACCUUUGACCAGCUGGCCCUUGCUUCCCCUAAAGGCCAGAACACUGUUUUGCUGUCAGGCCCUCGUAAAGCACGUGAGGUGUACAGACACUUUGGCAAGGCACCCGGUACCCCACACAGUCAUACCAAACCCUACAUUCGCUCUAAGGGUAGAAAGUUUGAGCGUGCCAGGGGGCGCAGAGCCAGUAGAGGAUACAAGAACUAAACUCACUGUCUAUGCUUUGUACACAAUAAAGAUAUUAUGUCUUCACAAA